GCUGCCAAAAACGGCCAGAGAUCAAACUGUAACAAAGUCAGACACCACAAAGCCGUUGACAUCCUGGCUUGUAGGGUCUUUUUCUUGGCUUUACCGUGACGCAUCUAAUAUUCCAGACAAAGACUUACAGCUUACUUGGUUAUUGGCGACUACGUGAGGAUAAUUAAUGCUGAAGGACUCUGCCGACCUUUUCUGCCCUUAUGCUUGAUCUUCGAUGUCACGCGAUUGCACGCCUUGCAUACUCGGAGCUCAGACUAGCUCAGAUGGUUCUAGGAUUGCCUGCAACUCAUGCAAUAAUGCUUGGCAAUUCUGUAGAUCCAUGUUGUACCUCGAAGCCUAGACCACCAUAUUACUCUGUGCCUCACCUUUUUCCUGAGUGUGUGGCCGAGCGGUGACCAAUGACAUCCAAACAUAGCCCUCUUCGCGAGGAGAGCAUCUAUCUUAUGCUUGGCAGGCUUCGAAAGACUCGUAUCGUCACUGGAACUCGUGUACAUCUGGCGUAUUUGGGGCAUCUAUAUACCGUAAGUACGAGACGGUUUGCUUGGCUUUCAAAACAACUUUGGACCCGAAAACGUUAUUUAAAUUGAAUCAUCCCGCGGUGACAGUAUACAGCAGAAGGUCAGCGAUUUUGCAGCAGCAGAUCAUUUUCUUUCGCAUACCGGAUCAAAGCUAUGGGAAUAUGAAUGCCUUCUACGAGCAAAAGAAGUCUGUUCAUUUUUAAUUUGCUCACGAAAUGGAACUUGUCAACCCCAGUCGAUCAUGAAUCGUUCCACAGGACGCAAGAUCUUCGCUUUCGAGAAGCUCGCUAUCUUGCUGGAAAAAUGACUAAACAAGUGGGCGGAUUUCCUCUAACGCCGCAUCAACUCCUAGUCGGGACCCACCCCGACGUGCAUCGUCCACCCGUGUUGCUCUUGGCUACUGUUCAACGCCGCAGCCAUGUAUACCGGUAGCUAUCAUAUUUUCGUCUCGCCUCUCCAGUUUCUUUAUAACAUGGCCCUCAAAGACGCCACAAAGUCUUCAAGUCGAGUUCGACGCUUCACCUCCCGCUUCCUCCACCUUCUAUAUCAUUAUUUCUCAAUAUUAAAAAUGCCAGGCCUCGAUCUCUAUGGUUCUGCUCCCGAAGCUAUCCCUGCUUCUCAAACGAUCAAUAUCCCUCACCACUCCGCUGACACUCCACCAGACUCUCCUAUCGAGAGCCAGGAGGAGCCCAAGCCCAAUGUCUACUACAAUGCUCGCCUAGACCCAAAGAACUUCCUUGAGGGCCCUCUGUCACAUAACCCUGCUACUCGUCUCCGUCAAUUGCUCGCACGACCUGGGAUUGUGGUUGCGCCUGGUAUCUGUGAUGGUAUUAGCGCAAGAUGCGCACUCGAAGCCGGCUUCGAUUGCUUGUACCAAAGUGGUGCUGCUACCACAGCUUCCCGCCUUGGCAUGCCUGAUCUUGCCAUUGCUACUCUGAACGACUUUGUACAGAGCGCCCAAAUGGUCUGUAGCCUAGACCCCACUACACCUGUCAUUGCUGAUGCCGACACAGGCUUCGGUGGCCCAGCGAUGGUAGCACGAACCGUCACCCAAUACGCGCGCGCCGGUGUCGCUGCUCUUCACAUUGAAGACCAAGUCCAAACGAAGCGUUGCGGUCAUCUUCUCGGCAAGCAAGUGGUUUCACGAGAGGAGUUUAUUACUCGUAUCCGAGCAGCAGUCAUCGCUAGAGAUUCCAUCCCCGGAGGCUCUGAUUUCGUCAUCAUUGGCCGUACAGAUUCUGCUCAAGUCCUUGGUAUGGAGGAGGCUGUCACUCGUCUGAAGCUUGCGGCAGAUGCUGGUGCCGAUGUUUGCUUUAUCGAGGGUGUCAAGACUGCAGAGCUCUUGAAGGAGACCGUUGCUGCACUUGCGCCUAAGCCUGUCCUCGUCAAUGUUAUUUCUGGUGGUCUCACUCCUUCCUUCACAUGCAAGGAGGCUGAGGAGAUGGGUGCUAAGAUUAUCAUCUUCUCAUUGGUAUCUUGCGUCGCUGCUGUCCAUGGUAUUCGUGCUGCCAUGCAAUCCUUAAAGAAGACGGGUACGGACUUUACGUCUGCCAAGGGCAUGGACCCCAAAGCGUUCUUCGAAGUCAUGGGUCUCAAGGAUGUCAUUGAGCUCGAUGCCAGAGCCGGUGGAAAGGCUUUCCAACUCGUCUAAAGCUGCUUCCUUCGAUUAGGGAGUACAGUGUCGGAAGCUGUGUAUUUUGGUUUUUCUUGCAUCACUAGUAGACCGGAUCCCGCUCACCUAUGUAUCUUUCUUUCUCUCGUAAUCUUUUGGGUUUUCUUCUGUCUUUAUUAGCAACAACAUAUCAUGAUGUAUCACGUAGACAAAUGCAUCCAAUCAUGACCAUUAUUUCUCUUGCUCCCCCUCUACGGCGCGCCGCUCGAUGUUAAGAAUAAUAUCGAACGGACGUC